AACACAUGCAGAAAAGAAAGGAUUCUUUGGGAAUAAGCCAGAGUGAGACAGAGAGAGCCGAGUUUGUUCAAAGGAAGGAGGAGGAGGGGCUUCUUGAGCUUUGUUUUUCAUGCACUUUGCUAGUGGGGUACGAUGCCCCUGCAGCCUGCCUGAUGCUGCUAGCUCCCAUCAGCAAGAGACGGAGCCAGAACUGAUUGUCAUAGGAAAAGGGCUGUCAAAAGGACUUGUGGACCAUCAUUUCCAAGCAAAGAAUGAAUAUUGCCUUCCAGCGCCUUUUACAAAAAGUGUAGAAGAAGCAAUUGACAGCUAUUCCUUGGCUUCUGUUUCCUCACUUUCACCAAGCGGACAAACAACACCCACAGAUUUGAAUAACUCUUGGUCAGGGAUACAAAGCUACACUACUGGCCCAUCUACGGAAAGAAGCUCUGUUUACUCCUGGGGCGAUGAUGAGUUUGAUAAAGCCAACACCCAGAGAGUGCAUCAGUUGUUUUGGGAUGUGGAUGAAAUGCUGUUUGAAGGAAAAGUGAGCUCCCAAACUGAGACUCUAAAGACAGAAUGCAAAGACUGGACAAAUAGAUCACUUCACCUAAGGAUUUUGGGAAAACAGCUUCUUUUUCCAAAAGAUGAAGGUUUUCAGCAUUAUCAGAGCAGAAGUUCUAGUUCUGUGUAUUCGAAAUCUGUACCUAGUUUGAGUGAAAUCAACACCAGUAUGAGAGAGUUAUGCAUCUCGGGAUCAAAACUGGUACCAGUGCACAAAUCAUUCAGCUCUGAAUUAUCAGAGAUUCCUUUACCUGAUGCACCUGGAUAUUCAUUCUUGGAGGAAGAAAUUUAUGAUGCAGAAGGAAAAAUGGAAGAAUAUCUUGCAUUUGACAAGAAAGAAAUUGAUGAUGAAGGUUUAGAGCAAAAGAAUGGUCAAUAUACCCAAAAACAGAUUAAACACGGCAUUCCUCCUGUUUCUCCCAACUCCUGCAUCCAAGAAGCUGUGACUGCUGAAGUGUUUGAUCAAAUCUGGAAAAAUGUAAUUAAAAUACUGGAAGAAUUAAUAAGAAAACACUGGGAAUCAUCUAUUAUAGAAAAUGACAAGCAUAUGGAGAAAUCAAAAGUUACUGGAAAUAAGUUGUCACAUAUUCCACCCUCCCGUGCUAUGGUAGAUACAUCAAGUGUUCCUCCAAGCAGAGGGUCAGAGGUUCGAUCUUUUGGUCUGCAUUUCGGACAAUCCCAGGCCCAUCGUUUCUCCAGCAGUUCACAUAGCAAUUUAAAUGGUGUCAUGACAAUUCAAGCUAAACCACUUCAACAGAGACAUUCAAGCUUCAUUGAAAAGCAUGAACAAGAAGAUAAGCCUCAAGGUAUGGGUUCCAGGAUUAAUUCAGCAAAGAAUCGAGUGGGGCGAAUGACUGAUAGCAAUGUCUCAUCAUUACCUCGAGUGUUGCCUGGAUCCUCUAAGAAAACAGUGGGCCAUCGUAGGUUACCAUCAAUAGCACAAGACCAACUACGUUUGAAGACUCCCAAUGUUUACAGUGAUGAGGUCCUGCGAGGAACAAAAUUAUGUACUGCCUUAGAUCGUUUGCCAUCUCCAUUUACACCUGCUAUCCGGAACAAGUUGCCACCCAUUAAUUCAGACACCAUUGAUCAAUACCUUUCAGUUCCUGGACUACGCUUAAGCUUUCAUAGAGGAAAACAACUUCACAGCAGAAUAUCCAGUGCAGUACCUCAUGGUCUGGAACGACGACCUCAUAGAGAGAGAACUGUCUUAAUAGAUCAGUUUUCAAGGCCCAACACAACUCAUACCUUCCGGUCAGAUACACCUCAGAAAAGGUCACUAACUUCUAUGGAUCUUGCGAAUCAGUUGUGGACAGGCCAAGGGGUAGUAACAGGUAAGAUCUUUUUCAUAAGUAUAUUUUUCAAAAAGACAACAUGCUUUAGGAUUAUAGGAAUGAUUUCAAAAUUAUUAUAUUUAACAUGCUGGCAUUUGAGUGCCCUUUCCUAUAUGCCCAGCAAAGAGACCUUAGAAAACAAGGCAAGUUUAAGACAGCCUCCCCUACUGACCUUAGAAUAGGUUCAUAUUGAGAUAGGUGGUCUCUUAGAAAGCUAAGUUCAGAAAUCAUUAAGGCCAGAGGCCAAAGCCAAAACUAUUAAAUUGGAAAAAAUGGUGUUCACCCAUGCAAAUCUUUCAACAUGGUUUUCUGCUAUUAUUUACUGCUUAUCCACCUGACUGGCAGCACCUAAAGUUUUUGGAUGCAUUUCAAUAAUAGUCCUUCAUUGAAUACAUUGCUUUAGAUAAAUUGCUGUGGGCAUCUAUCUGGCUCGGUUGCAGUUGGCACACUAGAUGUAAUUAUAUAGCCACCACUGGUGUUGGGAAUGUCUGUUUGGAGAGAGAGCACUGAGUCAAGGUGUGCUCCUAGAAACCUGAUUUUUGAGAGGAAGAACAAUCUCACCCAAAAUAAGAUGAAAUUAAUCCAGAAGCUGAGUUAAUGAACACUCCUCGAUAGCUUCUGGACUAAAUUACAGCUUGUUUACUUUGUCCAGCAUUACUGAACUUAACAAUCUGCUAAGAAUUGGUUGUUUCCUUGGAUUUAAAUCUCUGAGAAUAACUGAACUACCUGCCAUUUGCAUUCUUAAGGCAUCCAUAUAACAUCUACCAAUGAUUUCAGGGAGAUAUUGAACAGCAGAAGAGAACACAGAAGACCAAGCACUUCAAUGUCAAAAGUCAUCUCCCACCACAAUCCUGUGACAGUAAAUAUAGCAGAUAGAAUAGGGUUGAAAGGCCCAGCUCUGCUAAUGUAAAAUAAUUUUUCUGUAAUCCACAUUUAGUUCUUGUGUAUACAUUAUCUUCUAAACUGGUCAAAGCAAUCCUGGUUUCAUAUGCUGGCCAAAAGCCUGAGUGAAAUGGUCAGCCUCUUUCAGAUGUGUUUCAGAAUCUCUUACAGGGAUUCUACUUCCUUGAUAAAUGUAGCCAAAAAUGUUGCACUUGAGAGUUCUAAGUCAAGGAAAUAUUUUGAUGAUUGUGAUGAAAUGGGGGUUUGACUCGGAGAAGAGGAAAAAAGAAUGCUGAACAGUUACAAAAUAGAUAUCUGAGGGUUGGGAAAGUAGAAAACAUGAGAAAUUAAUUCAAAACAAUUUGCCUUGAUUGUGAUAUGAGAAACAGAGAAGAAAGUUGAUAGGUUUUCAAGUGUCUGUUGCAAUACCGAAACCUCAUUGAAAUACCGUACAUUCCAUUCCUGUCAACUCCACUUUAAAAAGCUGACAGUAAUGGAUUUCUUUAGGGUUGAGAGAUACAUGUUUGAGGAAUACAGGGUGAUGAUUAACUGCUAAUAAAUUUACCAUCUCAAUAUCCCUUCAGAUUAUAGCAGAAAGCAUAUUUACUGAAAUGGUUUGAAUGGAACACUGAAGGCUAACUUUACCCACAACCAGGAGUUUGAUCCUGAUGGUUCAAGGUU